AUGGGUGAACGAAAAGGACAAAACCUUUAUUAUCCUCCUGACUAUGACCCUAAGGUUGGAGGAUUAAAUAAGUUUAUGGGUACUCAUGCUUUACGAGAGAGGGCCAGAAAAUUACACAUGGGCAUUCUAAUAAUACGGUUUGAAAUGCCAUAUAAUAUAUGGUGUGAAGGAUGUAAUAAUCAUAUUGGUAUGGGUGUUAGAUACAAUGCUGAGAAGACAAAAAUUGGGAUGUACUAUAGUACCCCAGUUUAUCAAUUUCGUAUGAAGUGUCACUUAUGUGAUAAUCAUUUUGAAAUUAAAACUGAUCCUGGUAACCUAGAUUAUGUUAUUGUGUCUGGGGCUAGACGUCAAGAGAACAGAUGGGACCCUACUGAGAAUGGCCAGAUUGUACCUGAAACAAAGGAAGCACAGAAAAAACUAUUUGAUGAUGCUAUGUUCAGGUUAGAACAUAAGACUGGAGAUGAGGAAGCUAGUAAAUUGGAUAAACCACGCCUUGGACGCCUCGUAGGACGGAAUGAAAAUGUGUGGAAAGAUGACUAUGAUGCCAACUGUGCAUUAAGAAGAAACUUUAGAAAGCGAAGAAAAGAACUAGAAGAAUCAGCUGUAAAUGACAGUUUACUCCUUGCUAAAUCAUCCCUUGCCAUCAAUCUGCUACCUGAAAAUGAAGAUGAUAGAAAUAUGGCUGCCCUACUCUCACUUCGACCCUCUCGCAGUAUUGAAGAGAAACAAACAGUCACACGAAACAAAAUUAUGAAUACCCCUGCCCUUCACAGUAGUAGUGGACUCAUAACUAGCUUUGGGGGACUUAAAAAAGAAGAAUCCUUAAGUAAACAACCAGUUCUUACAAGAAAUAAUUUAGGUGUUGUUAUAAAAAAAAAUAAAGUUGAAAACAUUGAUUUGGAUAAAAAACUUAAUGUAAAAGAAAGUAGUAGUAGUGUACAUGGUCCUUUAAUACAAAAUGAAGAUAUACAUAUUCAAAAUGAUGACAUAGGUUUAGAUAAGAGAAAAAAUGAACAAAAUAAGAGGGUAUUAGUGGAUGGAAAAUGUAAGGACAAAGUUUGGUCUUUGGUAGGUGAUUAUAGUUCAAGUGGAGAAAGUUCAGAGUAA